CAUCAGUUGUUGUUACAUCUCGAGUUCUUAGUUGUCGAAUUAUUUUUUUUGCUUUUCUUGAAAAAUUUCAUCAUCUACCCUUUUCUACCAAUUGUUUAUUGUUCAUUAUUGUUAUCGUCAUGAAAAGAUGACUUGUGCAGGGAAAUCCCCAAGGAAUCAUCACUAAUACAAUUGGAAUCAAAAUUUGUUUACCUUAAUUGUUUCAAUCAAUUAUUUUCCAUGUUUGAACUUCGUUCAGGAACAAUCAUUAUUGUGGAAUCUAAAAUCGCAUCUUAGAGAGAGAGAGAAGUCAAAGAAAAAGUUCUGAAGGAGUUUCGAACUUGUUAAAUUCUUUCAUAUUUUACUUUAACUUUCCUUUGGAAACUUUUCUUUGCUCGGUUUUGUUUCGAGUUUGUUUCUGUUCGUGGUUCUUGUGUUCAGUGGGUUAUCCCGAGUCAAGGGAAUGCCAAAUAUCGCUAUAAUUUUGUGUCUAUUUACUUUUCAUCAUGCAAACUGUCAAACCAAAUUAUCUAAUCAUAUUUAUCAACCACCACCAUCAUCAUCAUCAUCAGAUGAUAAUGGUCAACAUUCAUUUUCUCCCAACACAAGUCCACUCAUAAUCUUACCAAGUAAACAAUGUGAUCAAGGUAAUACUGACCAAUGUACCGUCCACUAUGAUAUACAAAAUGAAGCACCAAUUUCAACUCUAAGUCCUCCAGUUAUUGAUCCAUUCAAUUUUUCCCGUUACCUUGAAGAGGGAUCCAGAUCUAAGAUACUUUGUACCGUUAUCAAAGGUGAUCCACCCUUUACAAUUAGAUGGUACAAAGAUGGUAAACCUUUACUUGACUCUAGUGAAGAUGGGGUGUCCACUAUUUCAUUGGACGAUUACUCAGUGGCCUUAGUUUUUUCCCGGGUAAAACUCAAUAAUCGUGGUAACUAUACCUGCCUAGUGUCCAAUGGAGUUGCAUCAACCAAUCACACUGCUCCUGCUUUGGUCAGAGCACGACCAAGAUGGACACUGGAACCAAUGAACUCGGUUGGUGUAACCGGAAGAGAUAUAUUUAUCCACUGUCAAGCUGAUGGUUUUCCUGAUCCUGUUAUCCAAUGGAAACGUGCCUCUGGUGAUAAUCUUUCAAGUCCAUUCCAGUUAAUCCAGUUUGAUGGACGAUUCCGUCAAUGGCCUAACAAUACACUUGAAAUUAAAUCAACCGAUAAAUCGGAUGCAGGAUAUUAUAUGUGUUCAGCUGAAAAUGGAAUUGGAAACGGAAUCAGUACAAUAAUCGAGAUUCAAAUCAGAUCACCAGCUCAUUUUAAAGAGGAAUUCAAGGUGGAAACUGUUCGUAAGGGUGGACCGUUAGUCGUUCGUUGUGAUGCCUUAGGGGAUAAGCCGUUGACCAUUGACUGGCGUAAAGAUGGUCAAGUUUUUAUACCAACAUCAGAUAAAAGGUAUAAAACCAGUGAACAUAUGACAGAUUAUGGAUUAAUCUCUGAGAUUAAGGUAGAAACAGCUGAUCGCAGGGAUUCAAGUCUAUUUACCUGUACAGCAACCAAUAGCUAUGGUAGUGAUAAGACAAAUAUCCAAGCAAUAGUUCAAGAGAAACCCGAUUCUCCAAGUAAAUCAGUGAUAACAAAGGUUGACAGUCGAGACAUAUCAUUAUCAUGGUCUCCUCCUUAUGCCGGAAACAGUUUAAUCCUUCAUUAUGUUAUCGAGUACAAGGAAGUGACUGGAGAUUGGAAAACUGACCGGAAACAACUCCGAGUACCUGGAACUGAAACCCGAGCCACAAUAACCAACCUAUGGCCUGGGACAUCGUAUCAUCUCAGAAUUUUAGCUGAAAAUAGUCUUGGAACCUCAGAACCUGGUCCAGUUUUACAUGCAAUCACUGAACUAGAAGUCCCGUCCGAAUAUCCUUCCGAUGUUCGAGCUGAACCUUUUGGCUCAAAAUCGAUUAAAGUCAAAUGGAGACCACCGAAAUCGAUGCGAAGUCGUAAUCGUAUCAAAGGUUAUUACAUCGGCUAUAAACUUCCAACGAUGGAUAAAAAUUUCAUCUUCAAAACCCACGAAGUCGAUGACCAAAGUGGACCUUAUCAAUUCACAUUGAACAGUUUAACUCCAUCGACUCGAUAUAUUAUCAUAGUGAAAGCAUUUAACCGCAAAGGUGCUGGACCAGCGAGUCCAGAAAUUGCCGUUAAAACAAAAGAUUUAGAUUUGCCUCAAGCUCCUCGACUUGAAGUUUCCACCUCUGGACAUAAUACAAUCUCAAUAAAAUGGGAGCUUAAUGAUCCAAAUGCAAACAUUUUAGGUUAUCGGGUUUAUAUCAAGGAAGAGGAUUCAUCUUGGAUCGAGUACAGAGUUGAUACCGAGUUUAAUUCUCAUACAUUUAGUGACCUUUCCUGUGGUCGAAAAUAUGAGAUCUACAUUGCCGCUUACAAUGAGGCCGGUAACGGAUUACCAUCUAAUCCAGUUAAGGCUAAAACUCAUGGCUCAGUUCCCAGAGCUCCAUCCAUUGCAUCAUUUAUCCGAACCAACGGAACCGUAACCACCCUGUUACUUAAAGAAUGGGAAAGUGGUGGUUGUCCCAUCAAAGAAUUUAAAAUUCAGUACAAAAUGGACAAGAGUAGUAGUCUUCGUGGUGGUGGUACCGGGGAAAACGAUUGGAAACAAUUGAGUCAACCAAUUUCCGGUGAGAUCAAAUCCCUUCCGUUGAGAGAUUUAAUUCCCGAUACUGGUUAUCGUAUACGAGUCAUAGCUCGAAGCGAUUCAGGUACAACACAAGCGGAAUACAAUUUUGCCACCUCAAAUCGUGACUUUAGCGGAUCGUCAUUCGCCUCUGAACCUGGUUGGUCAAUAAGUGACCAUGAUGUUGCCUGGAUAAAUAUUAUUCUGUUUCCGAUUAUCGCCGUUUCCGUUAUUAUUGGUUGUAUUGUUAUACUUGUCUUUGGUUUGAGGAAAAAACCAAUACCAAGAAAACCUGAGCGAGUUUGUUCAAUCAAAGAGUCGAUAUCAUAUUCGGAAGAACUUCCAAUGUCCGAAAUGUCAGUUAAACAAUCGAGAACCAAUUUAUAUGAUAAAUCAAAUGGUGGACUUGGUGGUGGUGGUGGUGGUAAUCUUGUAUCUGAUGGCGGUGGAGGUGGAGGUGGGAAUGCUAGUAUUAAAGAGUGCCUUUACUAUCCAUCAAUGUUAACUCCAAAUUCUGAAAGAUGCUCAGUUCCAAUUAACUGUUCACAAUAUUCAACCAAUUCAGUCAACACUUGUACUGAUGAUGGUUUUUCAACAACAACUCCAACCAAUAUUUAUGGUCGAUCAGCUGAUGAGCAGACUUAUGAAGUUCCUUUCCUGGUAACCAAGCCUAAAUCAAGCCACUUAUCUGGACGAUACUCAACUACCAACUCAGAGCAUCCAUAUAGUUAUCCAUGUAAGUUCAUUAGAUCACCUGAGAAUCAUUGAAACUUGUAAAUAUAACCUUCAACAUAUGUAAUUCCAAUGCUGGAUAACAGAUGGAGCCAUGCAACAGAGUCUCAGUUAACCGAUAUUCACUUGCCCAGAAUCUGAAAUCAGACCAUACUGGAGAUGGUAAUUCAAAAGAAUCGGGGAAAAGGAAUUGGAAGAAAAAAUCGAUAACCAUAAACAGCUAUAAACAACCAACUGGUCACUCUAUUGGUCAUUUAAAUUGCUCACUUUUGUAUUCAUUGUGAUACCAAAAAUUUAUAAUAAACACAUUUACUUACCCACCGUUAAGAUCAAGGACCAAGUUGGAUAACUUGAACACCAUUAUGAUUGAAUGAACUCGAUUCGUUUUUUAAUAGCAACCAAGAAGUUGAUUGUUAUUUAAAGUUCAUUGACAAUUGAUAAACAUCAUCGUAACCAGACAAUUGAUGAUGAUUAUACCUGAAGAAAGAGCAAAAUUGUCAAUCAAAUAAUGAAAGUAAAAUCAUCACUCUGAUCAAUAUCAUCCACCUUGAUAAUGUAAAGUUUGACAAACUUGAUGAUAAACAUUGAGAUGAUAAUCAUCAUCAUCAUCAUCAUCACGAUGACCAUUAUCAUCUUCACGAUGAUGACCAUGAAAAUAUUACCAAGAGACAUUGACACUUUUUAAUCAUAGCAAUUGAAUUUGACAUUUUACUUUGACAAAGUCAAUUGAUUAAUAAUAAUAAUCUUCCAACUAAAUUGUUAUUAUGUUGAAAAUCAUAUCGGAAAUUAAACAUUUUCCUCGUUGAUUGUUACCAAUAUAUUUUAUAAUUAAUUAAAUAUGUAAAUCAGAAACUUGUAUUGACUAAAAAUUGACAAUUUAAUAAAAAACAAUUUCCAUUAA